CGGCCGGCGUCGGGCGCACCCGGACUCGCCCGCGGCCCUCCCGCUGCCCGGCCCGCUCGCCGCUGCUGUCCGCUCCGCCGCCGCCGCGCCUCGGAGCUCCCCCUCGAGCAGGAAGAUGGCGGAGGCGCACCAGGCCGUGGCCUUCCAGUUCACCGUCACCCCCGACGGCAUCGACCUCCGGCUGAGCCACGAGGCCCUGAAGCAGAUCUACCUGUCGGGGCUGCACUCCUGGAAGAAGAAGUUCAUCCGCUUCAAGAAUGGCAUCAUCACGGGCGUGUACCCCGCCAGCCCCUCCAGCUGGCUCGUCGUGGUGGUGGGCGUGAUGUCGACCACCUACGCCAAGAUCGACCCCUCCUUGGGGAUGAUCGCGAAGAUCAACCGGACCCUGGACACCACGGGCCACAUGUCCAGCCAGACCAAGAACGUGGUGAGCGGCGUCCUGUUCGGCACGGGCCUGUGGGUGGCGCUCAUCGUCACCAUGCGCUACUCCCUGAAGGUGCUGCUCUCCUACCACGGCUGGAUGUUCGCCGAGCACGGCAAGAUGAGCCGCGCCACCAAGAUCUGGAUGGCCAUGGUGAAGGUGCUGUCGGGCCGCAAGCCCAUGCUCUACAGCUUCCAGACGUCGCUGCCACGCCUGCCCGUGCCACCCGUCAAGGACACCGUGAGCCGGUACCUGGAGUCGGUGAGGCCCCUGAUGAAGGAGGCCGACUUCAAACGGAUGACGGCGCUGGCCGAGGACUUCGCCGUCCACCUGGGGCCCAAGCUGCAGUGGUACCUGAAGCUGAAGUCCUGGUGGGCGACAAAUUACGUGAGCGACUGGUGGGAGGAGUACGUGUACUUGCGUGGCCGGGGGCCACUGAUGGUCAACAGCAACUACUACGCCAUGGACCUGCUCUACAUCAUCCCCACGCACAUCCAGGCCGCACGGGCGGGCAACGCCAUCCACGCCAUCCUGCUGUACCGGCGUAAGCUGGACCGCGAGGAGAUCAAGCCGAUUCUCCUUCUGGGGUCCACCAUCCCGCUCUGCUCGGCCCAGUGGGAGCGGAUGUUCAACACGUCUCGGAUCCCGGGAGAGGAGACAGACACGCUGCAGCACCUGCGCGACAGCAAACACAUCGUGGUGUUCCACCGCGGCCGCUACUUCAAGGUGUGGCUGUACCACGACGGCCGCCUGCUGAAGCCCCGCGAGAUCGAGCAGCAGAUGCAGAGCAUCCUGGACGACCCGUCGGAGCCGCAGCCCGGCGAGAAGAAGCUGGCGGCCCUCACGGCCGGAGAGAGGGUGCCCUGGGCCAAGUGCCGCCAGACCUACUUCGCCCGCGGGAAGAACAAACAGUCUCUGGACGCCGUGGAGAAAGCCGCCUUUUUCGUGACCCUGGACGAGACGGAGCAAGGCUACAAGCAGGAGGACCCGGUCAGCUCCAUGGACAGCUAUGCCAAGUCGCUCCUGCACGGCCGGUGCUAUGACAGGUGGUUUGACAAGUCAUUCACAUUCAUCGUCUUCAAAAAUGGCAAGAUGGGCAUGAACACCGAGCACUCGUGGGCCGACGCGCCCAUCGUGGGCCACCUGUGGGAGUACGUCAUGUCCACGGACUGCUUCCAGCUGGGGUACACGGAGGACGGGCACUGCAAAGGCCACGUCAACCCGAGCCUCCCACAGCCCACGCGGCUGCAGUGGGACAUCCCGGAGGAGUGCCAAGAAGUCAUCGAGACAGCCCUGAGCAGCGCCACCGUGCUGGCCAACGACGUGGACUUCCACUCGUUCCCCUUCGACGCCUUCGGGAAGGGCCUCAUCAAGAAGUGCCGGACCAGCCCCGACGCCUUCGUGCAGCUGGCCCUCCAGCUGGCGCACUACAAGGACAUGGGCAAGUUCUGCCUGACCUACGAGGCGUCCAUGACGCGGCUCUUCCGAGAGGGGCGGACGGAGACCGUGCGCUCCUGCACCAGCGAGUCCUGCGCCUUCGUGCUGGCCAUGAUGGACCCUGCCAAGACGCUUGAGCAGAGGCGCUGCCUGUUCAAACUGGCCUCCGAGAAGCACCAGCUGCUCUACCGCCUGGCCAUGACCGGCUCCGGGAUUGACCGCCACCUCUUCUGCCUCUACGUCGUGUCCAAGUAUCUGGCCGUCGAGUCCCCUUUCCUCAAGGAGGUUCUGUCGGAGCCGUGGAGACUGUCCACCAGCCAGACGCCACAGCAGCAGGUGGAGCUGUUCGACUUGGAAAAUAACCCGGAAUACGUGUCCAGCGGAGGGGGCUUCGGGCCUGUUGCAGACGACGGUUACGGGGUGUCCUACAUUCUUGUGGGCGAGAACCUCAUCAACUUCCACAUCUCUUCCAAGUUCUCCUGCCCAGAGACGGACUCGCACCGCUUUGGGGGGCACGUGAGGCAGGCCAUGAUGGACAUCCUCGGGCUCUUCAGCUUAGGGUCCAACUCCACCAAGUAACCGCCCCUGGGGACCGCGGCUGGAAGGAAGACGAGCUUGGAGAGGAACCAAAUCAAACCAAACGCUGUGGCCGCCAAGCCCGGCUGCCGUGCGCGGUGCAAACUUGCUCCUCGAAAAACGCUAGGGUUUUCCUUCUCGCCAAACUGGGGUGCUCUCAUCGGACUCCAUCCCGAGGUGGGGGGGGGCAUCGCAUCUGCGGCCCCUCCCGGGCAGGCCUGUGGCUUCAGGGAGACUUUGGUCCUCCCUGGGAGGUUUUGAUUCCACUUGUAUUUGUGACGGGAUUAAAAGAUUGUUGUGAUCCUUUAGGUGUUAGCGGGCCUGUGACUUCUCACACACGGGCCUGGAACAGGACCUGGUCAGAGCGAGAGAUGUUAACCGUUCACCACUGACACGCCCGUAACAUACUAACUGAAAACGACCAGCUGUGGAGACCGCGGGGUCCCCCGAGCGUCCCUGGCCCUGCCCGUCCCCCUCUCGCUGGGGGACCCACAAGUGUGUCUCCACACAAGAGAAUACUAUGCCCUGUUUCAUUUCACGGAACCCGCAUGUCUUUAAAGACCCCAGUGCCUUAAACAAAGACGGCCCUCACAGCAGGGCUGGGGUGGGGGGGAUGGGUGAGGGUCUGGGGGUUUCCCUGGGGGUCCCGCCCCUGGGAGGCCCCAGCACUCCCCUGCCAGCUUCCAUUAGGAAGCCACAGAAGUAGGAAUGCGCAGAAAGGGACAGUGAGACGCUGUGUCCAGAGCCUGCUGAGGAGAACGUCAUCUGGGCCUUGGCGGGGAGGAGGAGGGGUAGGACCCGAGACGGGGCAGCAGGUGCCCACCUGGCCCAUUCUUGGGCCCAUACCGGGGCCAGCUGGAGCACAGCCACCACCCGGCGGGACGAUCCUCCUCAGAGGUGUCCGACUGACCCCAAACGCCAGCACGCCACCCCACACAAUGUCCAGGACUCCGCCCACCGCAGGACUGUGGGCGUUAAGCCGAGCAGCCUCUGGGCUGUGUCCUGCUGGCCACCGCUCCCCCCCCCCACCCACCCAGUGGACCGUCCACCCCGAGGGGCCCAGCCCUUGAGGCAGACGCCAGGCCCUUGCAUAAGACACAGCUCCUCUGCGUAGCCACAGAAAGCCUCACCGGAACGGGCCACCGGUUUCUUUGCUCUUGAAGAAAAAUAAAGCCAGUUUUUUUUUUUUUAAAAAAAAUCAACCAUUUCACCCCCCACCCCCACCCCCAAUUCAUCUGCCAUCUGUCGGGAGCAUUUAGGAGGGAAGGAGGGCCCUCCCCCGGCCACCUCUGUCCAGCGGAGGGGGCUGCCCCUGGAGCUCCAAGGCCAGCACUGUCCACCACUCGCCUGUCUGUCCAUCCACUGAGUGUUGACCGUGAGUCGGCCCGCAUGUCCGCGGCUUGUCUCUGGACUCGUGUGUUUUCCGCGUCCUAUUCAUCAGCAGUCAUCGAUGUAAUUUUGUGUUCUUCACGCGAAGGAAGAAGAGUGGGUUUCUCUUGUACAUGGCAACAGGGGGAGGUAGGAGUUUUAUGUAUUUAAUUUAAUUUGGAACAAGCCAUGGUCUUGACGGAGCUGUGGCUUGAACUUGUAACCCUCGACUCUCCGUUGCAUGUAAAUACCGUCCGUUCCUUUGGAUGUACAUCUUAGAGUGCAGCACGAAUGUUACCAUUAAUAAACCAUUAAUCUCUGUCUACUGCA